AUGAGAACCUUAAGAAGCUUCGAUGGCUUCCCUUUAAAUUUGAGCAACUUCUAUGGUGGCUGCGCUAUUCUUCUUCUUCUUCUUGUUGUUGUUACUUUAUUGUUUCUUCUGAACCGUAAGAGCAGAUCCCUGUUGGCGUCCUCUUUGAUCUCCGAUUCUAGCAAUUUAAACCCAAGAACCUCAAACACUGUCACUGAUGCUGAUUUGAAGUUUUUAAUGGAUGAAAUUCUAAAUCAGAACCAUAAAUGGGAGGAUGUCAUAGAUAAAACAAAUCAUCAUCUAUGCUACAAAGCUAAAUCCACCAAACCUAAGAAUGGUCCCCUGAAAUAUUGGAGUAUGACUGUGUUCAAUGAUAUUUCCGCCGAGAUGCUAAGAAACUUCUACAUGGACAAUCACUACAGAAAGCAAUGGUUUGAUGCAGCAUUUUGUUUUGUUCUUUUGUUUUCCUCUGAUAGGAAAUCUAAUGGUGUAGGCAAUGCUUUAAUUGUUAGUACAAGUAGAAAUAAGCCUGAUGUAGUCAAGGUUUUUACUGAUAGCAGUGGACACUUGGGGCCAACUUCUGAAUCUGAUGGUUCUGAAGUUGGUCGUACAGGUCAGACUCCAUUGUUUCCUCGUAUUUUUGGUCAUGAAGCUGGAGGGAUCGUGGAGAGCGUAGGUGAAGGUGUGACUCAUCUGAAACCAGGGGAUAAAGCCCUGCCUAUAUUCACAGGGGAGUGUGGUGAAUGUCCACAUUGUAAGUCAGAGGAGAGCAACAUGUGUGAUCUUCUUAGGAUCAACACUGACAGAGGUGUCAUGCUCAAUGAUAACAAGUCUAGAUUCUCUAUCAAUGGAGAGCCCAUAAACCAUUUCGUGGGCACCUCUACAUUCAGUGAGUACACAGUGGUUCAUGUUGGAUGUGUUGCAAAGAUCAAUCCUGAAGCACCACUUGACAAAAAACCCAAAAGAAGAGCAUCUGUAUCUUAUGGGGGAAGGUCUGGUGGCUUGCCAGAGAAAUCACAACGCUCCCGCAGUAUGUCUGUUAGUCCUGACCGGGCUCGUGCGCGAGGAAGAUCUCCGGCCUUCAAUGCCUUGGCAGCUACUUUCGAGAGCUCAAAUGUUAGAAACCUUUCAACUCCACCUCCAAUGAUUAGAAAACUGUACCCAAAAUCUAAGACACCAGAUUCAUCAUCACCAACAUCUAAAUCUUCAUCCAUAUCUAACAUUACUUCUGCUUUUGAACGGCCAUCAGCACGAGGAAGUUUGUUUCCUAGGUCGAUUAAAGGUACCUCCAAAUCGGACCCAGAGACAAAUAGUGACAAUGAGAAUUCUACGAGCAGCAUAGAAGAAUCUCUUACUAUACAGGAAGAUGUGAAAGAAGGUGAAGCUGAAGAUAAUGAAGGUCUUCCAGUAUACCCAUAUGAAAGUGUUAACACAGACUCUACCGAUCCUAUGCCAGACAUUGACGUGACUAAACAGGAGGCUUACCUGUCAAACGACGUGUUCAAAGAGAAACUGGGAAUGGCCAGGAGCGAAUUUUACACGUUGCCAAAAUGGAAACAUAACAAACUCAAAAUGGCUGUUCAGUUGUUCUGA